AUGGUACUGAGUAGAAAUAACCAGUUGGCUGUGGUGUUUGGAAAGGGUUUCAGGGACGAGUCGAAUAAAUGCUUGGAUGAUGUCUUGGCUCUCCGAAGAAUGCUUUUCUUAAAACCGAUGAAAGUGAGUCUGUUGAUGACAGAGCUGCAGGCUAUUCGGAGCCGAUUAAGAGCGAGGGCGAGAACUGGAGGGCCAUUCUCCAUAGCUGGAUGA